GUCCGCCGCGCCGCAGCGCCUCCGCUCCGCCAGCUCCGCCCGCGUCUGUUGGACUCUCCGAUCGGCGAGGGCGCGGCGCCGCCCGGCCAGCGGCUCGACCCUCCCAGCCUUGGCAGCCCCCGGGGCCUCGAUUUCCCACUUUGCCCUAGCUCCAGCAUCCUCUCUGUGGGCUGUUCACCAACUGUCCAACCACCAUUUCACUGUGGACAUUACUCCCUCUUACAGAUAUGGGAGACAUGGGAGAUCCACCAAAAAAAAAACGUCUGAUUUCCCUAUGUGUUGGUUGCGGCAAUCAAAUUCACGAUCAGUAUAUUCUGAGGGUUUCGCCGGAUUUGGAAUGGCAUGCGGCAUGUUUGAAAUGUGCAGAGUGUAAUCAGUAUUUGGACGAGAGCUGUACGUGCUUUGUUAGAGAUGGGAAAACCUACUGUAAGAGAGAUUAUAUCAGGUUGUACGGGAUCAAAUGCGCCAAGUGCAGCAUUGGCUUCAGCAAAAACGACUUCGUGAUGCGCGCCCGCUCCAAGGUGUACCACAUCGAGUGUUUCCGUUGCGUGGCCUGCAGCCGCCAGCUCAUCCCGGGGGACGAGUUCGCGCUGCGGGAGGACGGGCUCUUCUGCCGCGCAGACCACGACGUGGUGGAGAGAGCCAGCCUGGGCGCCGGCGACCCGCUCAGCCCCCUGCACCCAGCGCGGCCGCUGCAAAUGGCAGCCGAGCCCAUCUCCGCCCGGCAGCCCGCCCUGCGACCCCACGUGCACAAGCAGCCGGAGAAGACCACCCGCGUGCGGACUGUGCUCAACGAGAAGCAGCUGCACACCUUGCGGACCUGCUACGCCGCCAACCCCCGGCCCGACGCGCUCAUGAAGGAGCAACUGGUGGAGAUGACUGGUCUUAGCCCGCGGGUGAUCCGGGUCUGGUUUCAAAACAAGCGGUGCAAGGACAAGAAGCGGAGCAUUAUGAUGAAGCAACUCCAGCAGCAGCAGCCCAAUGACAAAACGAAUAUCCAGGGGAUGACAGGAACUCCCAUGGUGGCCGCCAGUCCAGAGAGGCACGAUGGUGGCUUACAGGCGAACCCAGUGGAGGUGCAAAGUUACCAGCCUCCUUGGAAAGUACUGAGUGACUUCGCCUUGCAGAGUGACAUAGAUCAGCCUGCUUUUCAGCAACUGGUCAAUUUUUCAGAAGGAGGACCAGGCUCUAAUUCCACGGGCAGUGAAGUGGCGUCGAUGUCCUCUCAGCUCCCAGAUACACCUAACAGCAUGGUAGCAAGUCCUAUUGAGGCAUGAGGAACACUCAUUCAGAUGUAUUUUUUUUCCCUGUUGGAGAAAGUGGGAAAUUAUAAUGCUGAACUCCGAAACAGAAAAAGUAUUUAACAACCCAGUCAAUGAAAACUGAAUUGAGAAAUGAAUGCUCCAUGAAAUGCACGAAGUCUGUUUUCAUGACAAGGUGAUAUGGUAGCAACACUGUGAAGACAAUCAUGGGAUUUUACUAGAAUUAAAAAAAAAAUAACAAGCAAAAUCCAAACCCAACAUAACGCUAUCCAACGACCUUAGGAGUACUGAAAAAAAAAAGAAUUUUAAAAAGACGUUUUUAAAACGUAGAGGAUUUCUAUUCAAGGAUCUCAAAAAAAAAAAAAAGGCAUUUUUAUUUCAAUGCACAUCUAGAGAAAAGCAGACAUAGAGAUUUUUUCUAGUCCAUCCUGAUCUGAAUGGUGCUGUUUUCUAUAUUGGUCAUUGCCUUGCCAAACAGGAGCUCCAGAGAAUAAGCAGGAAGAGAAAAGUGGCCUCCGUGACUGAAAGAGUCCUUUGAGAAAAUGGAGCUGCAUUGGUUUGUGACAUUUUUAGUUGACUUUAACAAGGGGUUAAUUGAAAUCCUGGGUCUCUGAGCAUGUCUUGUAGCUGUCUUCUUUCUUCCUUUUCUUCCUUCUCUUUCUUCCUUCUCUUUC